AUGGAGCAUUGCAAAAUAAUAUACCUCCUAUAUAUCCUUGGAUGUCUUUCAAUAUUCUUGGACAUUUCUCACGCGAGAGAAGAUUCCAUCCGUAUUCCAGUAUCAAUAAGUCCACUAGUACAACUUCCAUAUAUCGAUUUUUUAUCGAACACAACUCGUUUAUUUUAUGAAAUGGACAAAGACUUUUACUCGAAAGUAACAACUCUCGAUGUGGCAAGAAAUGCAGAUAAUGACAUUUCUGAAACAAUAAAGAAAAAGAUAGAAGUCGUUUUCCUUAUUGCGGCUUCAUCUCACGUUUCAAAAACGUUAACACGAAAGGAACUUACGUACCCAAAGCGGAGUAGUAAGUGGUCUUACAAGAUUCCUGUUACGGAAUUAUUGAGCGAAUCUAAUGAAAGUUUAUACAACCUUACCGAGCUUCAGAUCUACAAAAUCCAAGAAUUGGCAAUGAAAGUUCUGGCAAGAAGAUACGGAUUCAGUGUGGACUUCAUUCUUCAAAAGCAUCGUAUGAAUCUGAUGAAAUUUUACGCUGCGGACGAAGAACAGUGGAUCAAGAUUGUUGGCACAAUAACUGAAAUUGUUAUAAAAAACAGAUCUAAACAGUUGAAUUUAACUCCGUGUUAUUUGGCAGAACUUAUUAACAAAACACAAGAAGAGAUGGAAGGAUUCACACUUGAAGAAGUUGACAUGUAUCUUAGCAAUGUCACUGUGCUACAUGAAAAACUACAAACUUAUCGAAAUGAAACAAUGCGUAGUUUUUAUGAAGGAUUCAGUAUCACGCCUACACAAUUGGCUAAGAUGAGCAAUAUCAACAUUCCUAUGAUCAAAGCAAUGGGAGUAAGAGAUACCGUUCUACUAUUGACGAGAACUAUUUUGUUAAAACUUAAGAUUAGCAAAAUACCUAUGCCUGAGAACGAAACCAUCUGUCGUUCACAAUGGAACUCGUUCCGAGACGUGGCGAUUACUGAAGCAUUUGAGAAACAAGCCCGAGAAAUGUCCAUCAUACCAACAACACUGGGAGAUCUUAUUCGAGUACCUUAUAAUGAUAUUAAAAGAUUAUCUUUGUUGAAGAUGAUCCAUCUUAUUAAAGUUGUUAUCAGUCCCGUAAAAGAAGACAAAAGGAAGAUCGAAAAGUUCACAUUAUCAAUGUUGAAAACCAUUUACACUUCCAAAAGGCUGAAUACUAAAAAGUACAAUGCCAUCUCCUUAAUAAAACGUACAACCAAGCUCGGAAAACGUAAUUUAAAGUUGUUAUACGGAUGGAGAUCCCGUGAUUAUCAUUUUGCAAGAUUGUUUUCUGUCAAAGAUCUGGGCGACGAAUGCACGAUUGACAUAAACAAAAAAACACUACUUUCACUGGCCAAAAUUAACAUUGGUCAAACCACUGAAGACAUCACCUGCACAACUUUCUACGCAUUAAGGCUGGUUUGGGGCCAAGCAAGUCUGAGUGACUUGAAAAAACUAUAUUACCCAAACACAAGAAUCUCAUUAGAUGAGCCUAUUGCAGCUACAGUAGGCAAGCUCACAAACUCGUCUAUCAAAAUGAGUUGUCGUGUUUUAAGUAAAACACCCAUAAUCCAGUGGCUGUUGCAACAAAUAACUCUGAACAAUAUCUCAGAGAUGACAAACUACACAGAUACUUAUUUGCAGGAAAUUCCCAUACAACGGAUUAUCCUUAUAUUUCACGAGUUGUUCAACGCUGGUUCGUUUAACUCAGCUAUACAAGUAAGUUUUAAUUAAAAUCGUAUUGGGUGAAAACUAAAAUACUAACACUACUAACUGCACUCACUGCACUCACUGCAAACGUAUAAACAUUCUGCACGCACCUAAUGUCUAAUAUAAAGUUCACUUUAACGUAUAGUAUAAAAAUAAUCCAUAUGCACUUAGGUUUUCAAAACCAUUAAUUAUUCAACGGGAGUGAGUGCAGGCAACUACACAGAAGAAAUAUUUACUAAGUCCAUUGGACAUGCCAACUCAACUCUAAGUACAUUGGACAUGGAAAGCCAACAGCACAUCCAAGGUGCUGAAUACAUUGGACAUGGAAAGCCAACAGCAUAUCCACGAUCACUAUCAAAACAACAUCUACCAGGUUUGUCCUUUUUCUGCCUGAAAAUAUCCUUAAAUUUCGUAGCCAAAACUUGUUAAGGUAAUUGACUAAACACCUGCAUAGACUUGCUUGUGUCACAUACCAUUCACUCAACUCACAUGCGUGAAUGGCACACGUGACAUAUAGGCUAAGACUGUACAUAGUUGAAGACCACAUGCGCCUGCAAAUAUCCCCAGCUAUAUAUGACGUCGUAACUUCAAAAACUUAUUAAUAAUUAUGAGGAAAGCACAAAGAAAAAAUGAUAAGCAUGUCGUAUCUUUAUAUGCGAUAGAGAUUUCUACAUAAACUUAAUUUAACUUUGAUUUUCUCGACUUACACAACGUAUUUUUUGCAAAUUACUUCGCCAGUGAACUUACUAGAUCGAUCGUUUUUGAAGCAAUUUAAAACAUUCGCAGUGCGUGUUUUAUCAGACCUAAAGAUACUCGGCUUCGCCUCGUACCUUUAUAUCUGAUAAAACACUGCUGCAGCGUGCUGCUCAUGUUUUAAAUAGUACAUCAAACAUUUAACAAAAAAUCGGCUCUAUGCAUGUGCACUCGCGUUCACCACCGUAUAUACAGAUAUCAAAGCAACUAUAGAUUGAACUAACUUGACCUUGGUAGAGCAUUCGACUACAAAGCAAGCCAAAAGUCGCGCAUUCGAUUCCUAUACCUAUAUAUACAUGCAAGCAAUUUUUCAGCUUGCCGGGUAUGGAGACACUCAGAGUAGCAUCCAUCAAUGUUCAAAAAUGCAACAAUAAUAUACUAAAUGAAGAGCGUUUUCUCUAAAUACCAAGUGUCUUGCAUAAACCCUGUAUGGGUGAUAAGAUUUAUAUAUGUUGGGGAACUAAUAAAAUGCACAGUAAAUGUAAAUUAAAUAACAACUAAUAUAUAUUAUUAAUGAAUGAUAUAAUUGUACUUAUUCAACUCACCUAAGAAACUUUGAUUUCAAUUUCCAUAGUUUUACUUCAGUUUCAAUUUCACCAUGUAACUAAUCAUUCUCGGGUUUUUUCUUUUUAGACAUUGCAACAUUUGUGACUUUGUUAAUCGCAGCAUCGUUAAAUUCAUGGGCAACAUCUUGGUGAAUGGGUUUUGGUGCAAAGAUAUAUUCAGCUACAAAGAAAAUUACACAUGCAGUUUCAAUGAAUUCUGAGAAAAUAUAAAGGUUUUUACAGCCUUAACAUCUAAGUUCACAAAAAUGAUAGAAGAACGCAAAGUAAACGCAAAGCACAAAAUACAAAUCUAAGUAAAAUAACUGUAAAUUCCCUUGCUAUGACACCUCUUUCAAUGAGCCACUCCCUUUUUUAAUAAUACAUUUUUAAGUGUACCCCUGGGGAAGUUUACAUGAUCCCAUACAGAAAAGGAAAUGUUAGCAGAGAAUAGACAUUCAUUCAUUCAUUCAUUCAUUCAUUCAUUCAUCAAAUUCAUCUCAAAAAUUUAACAAUCCAAUCCUGCUUAUUAUAAAAAUAUUUAAAAAUGUAACUGUGCGGAUAACAAUGCUGCAGGCUUCAAAAUUAUCCUAAUAUUCUUAUAUUAGGAUAAUUUUUAAGCCUGCAGCAUUGUUAUGCAUGAAUAUUUAUGCGUGGAUAUAUUAUGUAUAAUCAUUUUGGCUAAAACAUCUUUUCGUUAGCUGGGAAAACUGAGCAGGUCAAACACUGCAAAUCGUUUCUUUUUUGCUGAAACCAAAAACAUGCAUGAUAGCCGAGUUUUUCUUAAAAAAUAUUAACGUUCAGAAAAAUUCAUGUUAAAAAUUCCGGAGCAUGGUUAAUUAGUACCAUCACCUGGAACCGAUGCCUCAAUACCAUUGCAGGAGAAGUGUAAAUUUCGGUGAAGUUAAUUAAUUGGUAAGUUUCGGUGAAGACUAGAGAAGUUCAGGUUUGACUUCUGCUACCACGUACUACCUCUCACAGGCUUAAAACGUAUUUGAUUGGUUAAUUGGGUAGAUUAAAUGCAUUGGUAGUGGUAGUGGAAGUUAAAAUCUGAACCUCUGUAAUACAGGACAGCAGAGGUUGAUGAAUGUUGAAUUAAAUCUCUCUAUUUUAGUUAUUCUCCACAAUGCAUGGCAAUGUUUGUACAUUGCAUAGAAUUAACAGUAAUCUCCUAUUCCGAAAACUGGCAGUUGAUCACCAUCUGUUGCACCAUAUUAUCAGAAUGCGUCCUGAAUUUAACAAGACACAUUCUUGACAUAACUCGAAAUGAGUUAUUGUGCACAUUUUAUAUAAGUACAUGCACUUUUAAAAAAAAAUUACACACAAUGCACACGAUAAAGUUUUAAGAAAUAAAAUAAUAUAUUUAUUAGCACAAGCAAUUUACUGGGUAAAUAGCUAAAACACAUACCGACUAAUCGGUAUGCCACAAUAUAUAUAAUGAACAAUAUAAUUACGACGAACACAAUUUAUAAUGGAACGAUAUUUUGCACCUAUAACAUAUGAUGUAACAUUAAAUGUAAAAAAAAAUUAUAAAGUAAUUUAAGAUUAAUUUUGUCUCUGUACAUGAUAAUAAUACAAGUAUAACCUCAUCCGCUUCCAAUGUUUGUUUACUUGAAUUUUCCUCACUUUGGUAGAAGAAGAAAGUAUAAUUAAGCAUCGUUGUGAUAAAAAAGCAACUUACAAUGACGCUUCUCAUAUCAAUAUCAUGCAAGCAAUACACCCUUCCGCGGAAAGUACGUCACUUUAACUAUAGAGCCUCGUUUUCGAGUAAGCGACAUUAGUUAAAGCAUGUCGUCCCAAUCACUAAAACGAGGCCCUAUAACCAAAGUGACGUACUUUCCAGAAGGAUGUAUUCGAGAGCGUUAUCAACUCGUAAUAAGAGAACAAAAUCUGCGGCAUCACCAACAAUGCCGAUUAACUGAAGAGUCAAUUAGAGAACAUUAAAUUAGACAACCAUUGUCCUUUGGACAUUAAUGAGGUUAAUUUUAUUAGAGAACAAAGUAGAUGACGUUUAACUAGAAAAACAUGCAUGGGUGUGGCUGAAUCCUCAACCAUUUUAAUUAAAAAGGGUUUAAUUAGAGAACCACUGGUGUGGCUUAAUCAUCAAUCCUAAAUUUCAAAUGAAAAUAUAAGUGACAACUAAAGUUGUAGGUAAUUUCCAAUUCUAUCUAUGGUUUUGAAGUUAAUUUACACUUUAUCGCUUAAACGCUUAUGGGGCAAUUUUAGAUCAAUGCACAUCCCAUGUACACUACACUUGUUGUAACAAAAUAAAGG